AAAGGUUCCCGAAAGGAUUCUUUAAACACUUGCCAAAAAUCUCUUAUAUUUCGGGAUUUCCAAAUCAUAUUGCAGAAAUUUAGCUCCAACGCUAGUUCGCUACCUUGGUACGAAAAUACAUAUAUGUUACUAUUCGUCUAUGUAACCUCCAAAGGACGCAGAAUAAUUUGACGAAAUAGACUUCUUUAAGGUGCAAAUAAAGAAGUUCAUUUCAACCUUCUUUUUAUAAGAAGUAGUAUCUUCCUACCUUGAGCAAAUAUGAAAAUUGUAAUUGCACUACGAUAAUCAAUGCAUCACGCAUUUUUUACAAACAGUCUGCUCUGAGAGACUGAGCCCUAAGAUGACCAAAAUUAUUAUUUGUAAGUCAAUAUAACCAGAAAUAGCUCCUAAUCAAUUAAAAAAUAUAUUCUUGAUAGAGCCGCUUUCAAGGAAUUUUUUCAUUUUCGGUUCUAUUAGGGACAGGUUGCCGCCCACAAGCAGGAUUUUAGCCAACAAUUCACUUCAAUAUUGUUUUGGAAAUUAAUCGCGGAGUUUAACAUGGAGUACCGUUAAGGCGCCAAAAUAACAAAAUGGCUGGGCGAACGACCCGAUCCUCUUCUCGUCUAGGCAUUACGUCCCCGUGUGUUGGGAAACCUUUCAAAGUUUCAAAGAGAAAGAAUGUCAAGGUCUUUACAGAAAAUGAGAAAAAAGAGAUUGCCAAAUAUGAAAUCAAGGCAGGACAGUUUAAGUACAGGCUAAGAAGUGUGAAAGAUAUUUUGAAAAACCUUGAUAAUGAUAAAUCAAGUGAAGAAGGCUCUGCAAGAAGAAGGGGGAGAAAAAGUAAGUUAUUAGCGAGCAAGCGGAGGUCAAUUGCUGAGUCAGUGAUGCUAAAAAACUUUCAAAAGGAUGCACAAUUCAAUAAAGAGCAGGAGGAGCAAAAAAGCCCGUCUAACCAACAAGCUGAAGACACUUUGGAAGCAAAGGUAGAACAAGAAGAAAAUCAAAUUCAUAUUGAAGAGAAAAACGAAAGCUCACAGGGGGCAGAGGAAAUAACAGAGAUGGUUUCUGAAAUUGAGCAGUCAGAAAUGAAUGACAACGAGGUUCCAUUGGUACAGGACACUGAGACAAGACAAACCACAAUGGAAGAUGAAAACCAAUUGAAGGAACCAGGGAUAAAAAAUCUAAGGGUAAAGGCUAGGGUAAAACCUGUGAAUGAAACUGAAGAAGAGGCUGCUGAAAGAAUAAAGGCUGAGAUGAGACUGAGGCAAGAAUGUUGUAACUAUGUAGAAAGCUUUUCUAAUUACCCAUAUUUCAGGGCCUGGCUGCAAACAAUUUUAUUUCUGGAUACCUGUUAAAAUUUCUGAAAAUAUUCUGCUAGCUGAAGAUAUUGCACAAUGUGGUUUACAUUUUCAACUUUAACUAAUUGAAAAUUUCAAGCGCAAUAUAUCCCCUGCUUUAUCUAAAUUGUUGUGUUUCGCUAUUUUUCUGCCAGUUGUGGAAAUAGAGUUCUUAAGUGUGACAUCACAAUAAACUACUUUUAGAAUUUUUGAAUUUCAACCAUAUAGCAUAAAAGAACACGAUGAAAUGCUUCUAAUUAUGCAAGACCAGUUAAAUAUGCAAAAAAUUUGGUGAUUCAGGUUUGAAGUGUGCAAGCGAAUCUUUGUUAUUUUGGCUCUGUUCAUAAAGUUAUGAUUAUAGACGAAAUAACAGAGGUUUGAUGGGGAAAGAGCCUGUGCUCGUAUGGCUAUAUCUAGGCCAAUGCAAAACACAUUUGACUGAUUUUGCACAUUUAGAGGUAUUUCAUGAUGCUCUUUCAGGUUAUGGGAUCUAAAUUCAACAAUUUUCAAAAAUACAUUUUUGUGAUGUCAUCGGUUGAGAACUCUAUUUUCUGUGUUCCAAUAUUUUUGCAGCCAUGAUUCAUGACUUUUUUACAAAUCAAUUUAGAAUUUAACAAAAGCAACAAGUAUUUAAAAGGUGACACCACAGAGUGGAUGAGAAUGCAUUGCAACCCUAUGGCUUUGCUUUAAGCAUAGAAUCUUUUGAUGAGGAUUAUCAACUGAUAGAUUAUAGCAUAGACUACAAUCUAUGAACUGGGAAAAUACCAAACAUACUAUAAUCUGUAAUACAAACUACAAACUGUAAAAGAUUAAGCAGAUAUGGGGGAGAGGGAAUUUCGCACAAAUGAUUUUAAAACUUAUAGUUUGAGAACUAGAUGGUCCUUUUUUCCGUCUAUACACGACUACACUCUUUUUUUAUAAGAACCAGUAAAUUUAAUUUCAGGCUGACUGUUCUUAAUUUUUUCGAAAAUCUGAGGCUGGAUUGUUCUUAAUUUGUUCUUAAAUUAAGAGGGUGUAAGCAGUGCUAUUGCUAGCUUUUUCACUCUAAGUAGGUGUUCAGGCCUCAUUUGCCAACAAAGUGAGUGAGACAGCCUUAAUUUGCUGACAAAUUUGAAUAUUCACCGAAAAAACACCCACACAUCGCUAAAAAUCCUCGAUUUUGAGAAAAAACGUUGUUCAAAAUUGCAUUUUGCAGAAGCUCAGCCUCAGCUUGUUCUUAAUUUGUUCUUAACUUUUGACCAGUUUUGAGGCUCGUGUUCUUAUAAAAUUGUUCUUAUAAAAAAAGAGUGUAUUU